AUGAUGCUCUUUGAAACUAAAAAGUCAGAUUGGAAACAACUUUUCAUUAUUGAUCCCAAGUACGAGUCAUUUGUAAGAGAAUUUAUUGAACCAUUGCUGGAAAUUUAUUUGAAUGAUCCUUCCCAAGAAUAUGACCUAAGUAAUACCUUAUCAAGAAUGAUGCAGCCCUCAUGCAACAAAUAUGAGCACAAGGUUCAUCCUAUUGUCAACAACAAGCUUGCGAAUCGUUUAUUCAAAGAUUUGCAUUUCAAUGAAUACACUAUUGAGGAGAGUGACAGAAUAGUGCAGCAAAACACCAAACCAGCCACACUAAGUGAUGAAAAUAAUAAUCCCAAUUCGUUCACAUCAAUGGUUGAAAUGGAUUCUACUCAUUGGAAGUCUAGAAGAUUAUUAGUCGAGGACACCGAACAAGACGAGACCACCUUGUACUCGUUACGUAUCAAGGAGUCUCUCUCUCAAUACUCUCGUAGCUUUCAACGAUAUGAAAAGGUUUUUUUGAGUGAUAAAAAAGCUGCAACAGAACACCAUAUUAAGAACGAUGCUAUCCGUGACAUGAGAAACAGGUUGAGUCAAUUUAGGAGCUCAUUAACUUCAGGUUUAAAAGAGAACCGUGAAAAACUCUACAGUUUUAUUACACAUUUGUUUGAAACAUGGGUUUCUAAUGUCCGAAUUCAAUAUCUCGAUGACAAUCAGUUUAAAGUAGAAAAGUCCGAGAAUAGAACACAGUUAAUGAAAUUAGUCGUAGAUGCAUUAUUGGUCCAUUUAGAAAUGAUUAUAAGAGAGCUGAGUAACAAUCCAAACGAUGAAAACUUGAAAAUAUUAUCCAUUCUUCAUGCUAGAGCAUUUUAUAGCUUAAUUGAAAAAGCUAGAAGAGGAAUGCAGAAAUUAGAAGCUAUUUAUUCCUACUUGAGACAUAGAGUUGUACUUAACAAGUUCUUCCUGAUAAUAUUGCAAUGUGGAUUCUUGUACCCGCUUGUUAGAGCAGUAUUCAAGAAAGAAGAGUCCAUGAUAAAAGAAGAGUUGAGAUUGAAAUUCCACAGCAUCAACAUCACUGACCUGAGAAAGGACAUGAUUAAUUUCAGAAAGAUUUAA